CUCUUUAUUUCCUAAAACAAUUUGAUUGCAUAAAUAUCAACGUUGACUCUCACUCCUCAUUUCUCAACUGCUAUUACUGAAAUUGAGAGAACAAACCAUCGCAUCGAACACUCCGUACAACUCUAUCCCCAAAUUUCAUUGGGUCAAAACAUGGAUAUAGCUUCGAAUCCUCACAGUGUUGAAGAAAUAUUCAAGGAUUAUAAUUCUCGGCGUAACGCUAUCGUUCGUGCUCUCACUUAUGGCAAGUUUCCACCUCUAUGCAUGUUUAUUUGUGAAAAGAGAGAGAGGGAGGGGGAGAGAAGCAGAGAGAGAGAUGUGGAUGAAUUUUACUCUCUAUGUGACCCAGAGAAAGAGAAUUUGUGCUUGUAUGGGCAUCCAAAUGAGACAUGGGAAGUGACUUUGCCGGCUGAGGAGGUGCCACCGGAGCUUCCUGAACCAGCUUUAGGGAUUAAUUUUGCUAGAGAUGGGAUGAACCGCAGGGACUGGUUGUCAUUGGUGGCUGUGCAUACUGAUUCCUGGUUGCUUUCGGUUGCUUAUUACUUUGGUGCUCGCCUUAAUAGGAAUGAAAGGAAGCGCCUGUUUAGCCUCAUUAAUGAUCUGCCAACUGUCUUUGAAGUCGUAACAGAAAGAAAACCAAUUAACAAGCCUAGUGUCGACACUGGAAGCAAGUCCAGGAUUAGUAGCACAAAGAGAUCAAGUGAGGGACAGGCGAAAAGCAAUCAAAGAUUAAAUGAUGAGAGUUAUGCUGAGGAAGACGAUGAGCAUGGAGAAACAUUUUGUGGCAGCUGUGGAGGAAAUUACAGUGCGGAUGAGUUUUGGAUUGGCUGCGACAUUUGUGAAAGAUGGUACCAUGGGAAAUGUGUAAAAAUAACUCCAGUAAAGGCAGAAAGCAUCAAGCAAUACAAGUGCCCUGCUUGCAGCACAAAGAAGGGAAGGCAGUAAGGACUAGAUGACAACUUGUUGAAGGCCUUAACCUCUCAUAUCUGCAGCAGCUGACAGCAUCGCACAACAGAAUUAUAUAGCUAGUAGUUUAUGUUUCUUGGUUGUACUUUCCCUGAUUAUUGUGUUAAUCCCGUUGCCAACUUACCAUGCCUUUUCUUUUUUAAAAUGUUUUUGAAUCAAGUAGCUUAUGUUUUCAAUCCCCGAUAUUAAAUUUCUGGUAAAGUUUGUUACUUGGUUUUCAACUCCAGGUUUGGGGUUUUUAUUUGUGGCCCGUAAAGGUGCAGCGGUUUA